GGUCUGUUGAGAUUUUUCCCUUCUCCAACUACAACUCAGCAAGAUGGAGAAGGAUAUAAAAUAAUACCAUCUACUGUUGAAAUCGCAUUAUCAUUCCUAUCCCAAUCCUUCAUUAACAUUUUCGUCGUCCGAAAUGCAUUUCGCAAGAGCAAUCACCUCGCUGGUCCUCAGCGUCAACGCUGCCACUGCAGCUGUCCUGCCUAGACAGGCCAAUGGCACAAUCACCAACACCACAUCAACAUCCAACUACACUCUUCCUCCUCUUGAUCUCAACUCCGACAACUUCAUCAUCCGCGCACAACAAUUCAACGACACUUCAAAGACUUUGGGUUACAUGUACGCCGAAUACGCAUACCCUCCCGGCUACUACGCAACUCUGCGACCCAACAAGACUGAAGCUAUUGUUGGUCACCUUACCGAUACCACAAAUGCUAGCAACAGCAGUUUAGUAUUCGGUGAUGGGGAGUACCCUCAAGGGUUUGUGUUGUACAACUUGCUGUCGUACUCGAAUGCUUCGAUUGCGCAGAUCUUCUCUGGUCAACAGGGUACCAAGGGCGUGUUUGUCAACGAGGGUGGAAUCGUCGAUUGGGCUUCUCAGAGAGUGGCUUGGUAUGCCUGCGAUCAGGCAUUGGAAUGGGGCAGAGCUACUGCCAUUUGGUACAGGUGGAUGAACGUUACUACUCCUCGCAACUGUGUCGAUAUUCAGUUGAUUGCGGAGUUUGUUUCUUCAAAUUAGAGUUGCAGGCUGGUUCUGCAGAGAAAAGAGCACUUCGAUGCGCGAAACGAAUUAAUCAUGUCUUCAUCAACGUUCGUCGAUCACCAGUUCUCGUCCAUAUCCCAUGUGCGGUCGUGGUUCCUAGAUGAUGGACUGCUCAAGCAGUGGCCUGUGGAGAAAGCCAUGCCCAAGUCACGUCGACUCUGCCGCUGGCUCUAGCUGCAAGCUUGUCGAAGGCAGCCGGAGACACAUCAAUGUCCGUAGCGGCACAUCCCAC